CUGUUUGGCACAUGGUCCUCCAUGGAUGCUUCCAUAAUCCCAUAAUUACAUGCUUAUUAUUGACCAUAAUCUAAUAUUUACAGUUGACCUUUGACUGUAAAUGUAAAAAGUAGGCUUCUAAAGUUAAAAAUUCAAAAUGUUGAUUGUAUUAAAUAAUCUUUACUCAGAUGUAGACAAACAAAGAAUAAAUAUAAAGUAUAAAACAAUCCGGUGGGAUUGUAUUUUUGUUCAUCAAUGUUUUCAAGAUUAUAUUGUGUGAAUUUCCGCCAUUACUCUGCAACUCCUUUUCCUUUCAGUCCUGUCGACCAUGGCAAAUCCGUGAAAGAGACAACAGGUGGCAGUUUUUGUGUUUUUUAGCAGGAUUCUUCUCAUAAUCUUAUCCUACGCACCCCUCCAUCUCUUCUCUUGUACCUAUUGCCUUCACUUUCUUCCUACUGUUUCCAGUAUUUGAGUUAAAUGGGUUGCAUUCCUCCAAUCAAACAAACGCACUUUUCCCCUUUUUUUAUGAGCUGUAACUGUAAGUGUAAGUGUAAUAUUCUUAAAGUGCAAUUUUCUUGAUGAUGUUUAGUUUUUUAUGAUCAUAUUUAGUUUGUUAUUAUGAUUCAAAGAUAUCCAUUUGCUUUAUUUUGGCUCCAAUUUACAAAAGUGAAAGGAUAGCACAGAAGAAGAAGAAGAAAGCAAAUUCCAUCGUGUUUUCAAGAAAUUCGUGGAUUAUUUUUGGCAAAUGUGUUGUUCGUGUGAUAGAAGACAUCAAUGUGGUUGAAUUCGAAUAGAGUGGAUGGACGUAUGUGAAUCAAAUCAAGCAUCAGAGACCCGAAAGAUCAACAAUGGAAGAAUUCAUCGGGACGUUAAUUCAAGGUACAAAUCACCUACACCACGGCGUUUUCCAUCUCCAAACACGAAAACAACAGUCACAACUUCAACGUCAGCGCCGAUUUCAAAGAGAGCUGUAUCCGCCGGACGCAGACAACCGCCAGCGGCAGCAACACCACCGUCGCCGUCGCCCCCCUCCACCCCAGUUCACGAUACAUCUAUUUACACCGAACUCGCCGCUAGAAAGGCGAGUGGUAGUAGUAAAUUGCCGGAGUCGUUAUGGCCUUCAAGAAUGCGAAGUCUAAAUGUUGCUUUUCAAUCAACAGCUUUUUCAAUGCCGAUUAGUAAGAAAGAGAAGCCUCCCCCACAAGCCAUGUUUGAUCGGACAUUGAAGCCUUCGUCAAAUGUCGGCCAUAAACCGACUGUAACACCACCACCACCGACAUACCGGAAAGCUACGCCGGAGAGAAAUAGAAGUCCUCUCAAAGGCAAAAACACCAUCGAUCACUUAGAAAAUUCUAAACCUUUCGAUCGAUUUGAUCACCAUAGAUGGCCUAACAGAACCGGGUCUUCUAAUGUUUUAACCAAAAACAUCGACCCACCCGAUCAUGAACCUGUAACUCCAAAAUCCACAAACGGAAAUUCAAGAAAACCAUCGUCGCUUUCUUAUAAUCCACAAAGAAUAUCCAAUCUUUUUUCCGAAAAAAACGCAAUUCGAUCUCAGUCACCAAAUAAGUCAUCUGGUAUCAUUUCACGAGGUGUCAGUCCAUCACGAGCAAGGGUUUUAAUUUCUCCACCACCACCCGCCGCUAGAGGCGUCAGUCCUAGUCGCGGCGUGACGUCAUCUACUCCUACUCCUUCCACCCAAUUACGCAAUUCGAAUACAGUUUCUGUUCUCACAUUUAUCGCCGACAUUAAAAAGGGGAAAAAAGUUGCGAAUCGCAUAGAAGACGCUCAUAAUCUACGCCUACUUUAUAACCGGCAAGUCCAGUGGCGUUUCGUUAACGCCGGCGCAGAAGCCACCUUAAAUUCUCAGAAACUAACGGCUGAGAGAUCUUUACUUAAUGCACAGAGAACAACGUCACGACUUCAAGAUUCAGUAACUGCAAAGAGGGUUAACAUCAACCAGAUGAAACUGCAGUUAAAGCUUUACUUGAUUUUAAUGACUCAAACUGGUUACUUAAAUCAAUGGUUUUCAAUUGAAAGAGACCAUAAUUUUGCAUUACAUGGUGCUAUUGAAGAUCUAAAAGCAAGUACUUUACGCCUUCCUGUUACUGGAUGGGCAACGGCAAAUAUACAAAGUGUGAAGUCGGCGGUUUAUUCAGCUAUUCAAGUAAUGCAGUCGAUUGGAUCCUCCUUACAAUCUACACUAUCAAGAUUGGAGGGGACAAAUUGGGUGGUUUCUGAACUUGCAACUGUAGCAUCACAAGAAAGAGCUCUUCUUGAUCAAUGUGAAGCUUUAUUGACUUGUGCAUCUUCUCUACAGGUAGAGGAAUACACCCUUAGGACACAUCUCAUACAGUUGAAACAAGAUUUCAAGAGUCUAUGAUUUCGCCCAUAAAUGACUCCAUCCACAUUCUACACUAACUUCACUUUAUAUUCUUAAGAAAAAAAGAAAAUACGUCAACGACAACAUAUGGUGUGUUGAUAUAGUGUGUGUACAGUUUUCUUUUGUGUGUGUGUGAGUGCUUCUUUUUCUCCCAUCACUUUAGGAGAGGUGUUGGGGGCAAUUAUAGCAAAAAAAUGUAACCGGUUAAUGUAUCCAUAUCAAUGGCAAUGCAGUGGUUCUAGC